AUGGACGCCUCGCGAGUCGCCUUUGGGACGCCCUCGUGGGGGACUGCGCAGCCUGUUUUACAGCUACCGUCCGCUGCUACUGUCCCGAGCCGGGGUGGAGGCGGCGACUUCCCGUGCUGCGUCGAGUACGCCAAGAGUGCUCGUUCUCAGUGCAAGGCUUGCUCGCGACAGAUUCCCAACGGAGCCGUUCGCAUCGGCCAGCAGUACGACCGGGACCACAGCGGCUACCUCUGGUACCACGUCGACUGCUUCCCGAACUUCCCUCGCGAUGGGAGCACCACGGCCGAAUCGUUCCUGUUCGGGUUCGAGAAGCUGGCGCCCAAGGCCCAGGCCCUCGUGCAGAACGCCUUCGAGGGCCGCACCGCCCCGGCCAAGCGGGGAGCCAUCUCUGACGAUGACGACGACGACGAAUACGACAACAGCCCGCAGGAAUCGGAAGGGGACUCUGAAGAGGAAGUCGACGAAGAAGAACAAGAGACGUCCCGGCCCGCUCUCCAGGUGCCACAUCAACCACACCAGCUCCAGCAGCAGUUCCUUCAGCAGCAGAUCCUUCAGCAGCAACUCGUUCAGCAGCAGCAACUCCUCCAACAGCAACACCUCCAGCAGCAACUCCUCCAGCAGCAGCAGUUCCAGCAGGCCAAGUUCAGCAGCCCGACUCCGUGGUAUCUCCAACAGGCAGCGGCCCAGCCUUCAACGAAGACGACGACGGAGGCGGUGGCGGGUCUGGCCGAGGCUGUGUCUGCGGCCGGGCUGGCCCGGGGCUUCUUUGGGCAGCCGCCGCAGGAGGCCCACCGAGCGCUGCGUGCGGCCGUCGAGGCCUUUGAGAUCAGCGCCGAUGUCGACGAGCUCGCCGACACCCUGACCCUCAUCCACCGCCACUUUGCCCUGUGA